AUGGACACAUCAGAAGUCUGGCGAUCAGAAGAUACUCAGUACUGCUUCAGCAAUUUCAAUGGUUCCUGCCCUAAAGCACCUCGUUUCCUAACCACAAGGGUACUGCUGUAUAUUUUGUUUUCUGCUGGUGUGAUACUCACUGUCUUUGGCAACCUUGUUGUGAUUAUUUCCAUCUCGCACUUCAGGCAGCUGCAUACACCUACCAACUUUCUAGUAGUCUCACUGGCUGCUGGCGAUUUUCUUUUAGGACUGUCUGUUAUGCCUUUUAGCAUGAUCAGAACUAUUGAAUCUUGUUGGUAUUUUGGAGAAACAUAUUGUCUUCUUCAUUCUACUUUUGACAUGUCUUUAACCACAGUUUCAAUUUUUCACCUAAUUUUUAUUGCCAUUGAUCGCCACUAUGCAAUUUGUGAUCCACUGCUUUAUUCUGUUAAAAUAACAAACCAAGUGAUUGGAGUCUUUAUUUCAGUAAGCUGGCUUCUGCCCAUCACUUACUCAUAUGGUUCAGUAUACUCAAAGGCAGGGCUCACAGACCACAGCACCCCUUCUGAUUCAUGUCUAGGGCACUGUGUGCUCGUAUUUAAUGCUGUGUGGGGACCACUGCAUACACUCAUUUCUUUCUUCUUACCUUGUUGUGUUAUGAUGGGUAUUUAUGCAAAGAUUUUUCUUGUUGCAAGAAGACAUGCAAGAUUAAUCAGUGGUGCUGAGAAUGCAAAACAAAUAACCGACAAAGGAAAAUUGUCAAACCAUAAGGACAGAAAGGCUGCCAGGACAUUAACAAUAGUAAUGACUGUAUUUGUGCUCUGCUGGAUGCCUGCAUUUGCUGAUGCAGUUGUUGACCCUUUCUUUAAUUUUCCAACCCCAACAAUAGUGUAUGAUUGUCUUGUGUUCUUAGGAUAUUGUAAUUCAGCACUGAACCCAAUUAUCUAUGCAUUCUUUUAUCCUUGGUUUCAAAAUGCUCUAAAACUUAUUAUAUCAUGUGCAAUAUUUCGUCCUGAUUCAUCCACAAUAAACUUGUUUUCUAAAAAGUGA